AUGAUCACCACACUAUCAUCAAAACAUUCGGAUUCCCGAAAAACGAGAGGAACAAUAUUGUCGUUGUCUCCAACGCUAGCAUUGUUCAUUGCAACACUCACUUGUACCAUAUUAUUUCUCUUCCAAAGCACCAAUGCCCAAUAUUCUUUACAAUCGGUUGAUUCCUUACUCACCCUGUCCUCUUCGGAUUGCUCCGUUCAAGUCUUGGAAAAGUUUACCUUCUCCUUUUCAACACCUUAUUCUGUAUUGACACGUGCAUUGCCGUCUUCUGAUAGUUUACCUUAUACACUGCAAUUAGAUCAAUCAGCGGACAUUUUUAUUGAGAGUCCAGACGUCACAUUAUAUUCUCAAACUUUACUCAUUUCAAACGAUGGAAAAUAUAUUGUGUUUCGAGUGAGUUUUGCGGACCCUAAAGAACUUGUUCAAAAACCUCAAGUUUCCAUUGUCUAUAGCUAUCGAUUGAAACGAGGACCUGUCAAUGUCCAGAACAAUAAGGCACAAGUGAAGUGGCACACUCUCUUUGGGUCACCAGUUUCGAGAGUUUCAUUUUCAUUUGCAUUCGAAGAAAGUCUGUACGAAUCGAUUCAACCCACUGCAAGCAUUGACUCGUAUCACAAAUAUUCGAAUUGGAUGGAAGGAGUUAAAUACACCAUUCUCAAUUUCAACUCAACGCUACUCCCAUCCAAUACAGACUUUAUAGUUGGAUUUAAUGCUACAAAUACGAAAUUUGCACAGUGCGUAUUCUCUGCCACUACAACACCCUACAUGGUUGAUUUCAUGUUUGUUUUCUUGUUCAUCAUAUUACCUGUGAGUGUGUUUAUUUUGCUUUCAGCUCUCAUGUGUUUGUUGGGACAUGCUUACAAACGAUGGUCACGACAUCGCAUGGCCGUGCAUAACGCCGUUCAAGCGAGUGCUAACAAUUUGGACGACGACAUUAUCAGGAGACAACCAAUGUCGCCUUCACUCCCUGCAAGUCACACACCAACGUUGCCUUCUUCGAACCAUACUGAGAAGGGUGCUGAGUUACGAACUCAACAAACCUCAGUCACCAUGACCCCCUCUGGCUUGAAUUAUGUUGUGAAUACUGUAAAUAAUCACGAAACGAAUGACGGCUUUACAGGUGUUGUAUUACCUCCCUACGUACCAGCAUCCUACUUGACAGAUAAUAAUAGUAGAAAUAAUCGUCAGCAUGAAACAGAGGCUGAAAUCGAACCCGUUCAAUACACCCCAAGUCUUGUUGUGGAAGAAAAUAAUAAUCAGCAACGUCCAAGCGUGUAG